UCUUCUUACAGUGACGAGAAACAUUUUAAAGACAGAACCUCUCCCGAAGGAGAUAUACAAAACGGGUAACAUCGAAUACAAUAGAAGGAUCAACUAGCCUACAUUAGGAGAAUCAUCCACAUUUGGAUAACCAACCAAGUUAGGAGAAUCGACUGGCCUACACUCAGAGAAUCAACUACAUUAGGAGAAUCAUCUGCACUAGGAGAAUCGACUGGCCUACACUCGGAGAAUCAACUACAUUAGGAGAAUCAUCUGCACUAGGAGAAUCAACUACAUUAGGAGAAUCAACUGGCCUACACUAGGAGAAUCAACUACAUUAGGAGAAUCAUCUGCACUCGGCGAAUCAACUACAUUAGGAGAAUCAUCUGCACUCGGCGAAUCAACUACAUUAGGAGAAUCAACUGGCCUACACUAGGAGAAUCAACUACAUUAGGAGAAUCAACUGGCCUGCACUCGGAGAGUCAACUACAUUAGGAGAAUCAACUACAUAAGGAGAAUCAACUACAUUAGGAGAAUCAACUGGCCUACACUAGGAGAAUCAACUACAUUAGGAGAAUCAUCUGCACUCGGCGAAUCAACUACAUUAGGAGAAUCAACUGGCCUACACUAGGAGAAUCAACUACAUUAGGAGAAUCAACUGGCUCACACUAGGAGAAUCAACUACAUUAAGAGAAUCAACUGGCCUACACUAGGGGAAUCUGAAGUUGUUGCAAUCUCUUCACAAUAUCAACAAUCACGACCAUGACUUGAAUGAAGAUGUGACCAUAGACGAACAAUCCGCAAAAAAGUAGAAAUUCAUCAAGUAAAUAGCUGGCUAAACCAAUCCGUGACUUUUCCAGCUUGUAUAUCUCAGACACAAACAUGGCGUUUUGGAAGUUUCUUAUUUCCUGCCUUGUGGUUGUUGUUGUUACCCUCGCACCGGUGCUGUGUGACAUCCUAGAUGGGGUUUGCCAAACAGGGGGAGGUAACACCUCAAUCACAUACCAAGCCUGUGCUCCAGCCGCCUCCGCCUUGACGAGAAGUGCUCCCUUUAACCUCACCAUUAUUCCAGAGAGCGCCACAUGUGGGGAUCCACCUACUACGUUCUGUAGCAAGACAUGGCAGUUUGGCUGUCUUGAAUUCGACACGUGUGAUCGGAAUAACCCGGAUAAAAGCCACCCGAAGGAUUUCCUCGUUGAUGAUAGCAUGGAAACAUAUUGGGCCUCGAUCUCAGCCUCCAGCCGAAAUGAAUUGAAAGUAGUCAUCCAAUUAUCCUUCGACAAGUUAUACGAACUCAGUGGCACAAUAGCGUUGCUGUUCUUUUCGGGACGUCCGAGAGAAAUGAUCAUCGAGAAGUCGAUCGACCACGGCGCCAGUUGGACGGUCUUACAGUACUACAGUCAGGAUUGUACCAAAUACAGCGGCGUGGCGCGAAGCAAAGGGGAUUUGACAACGACAAACCCCACGGCUGUAAUCUGUACAGGGGACUACACUACUGCAGAGCCCUACACUGGGGGAAUUGUGAAAUUUGAUGACAGACACCUGAUGUUUUUAGGCCCAACGCUGUCGGACUAUCAGAAUCUAUUCAAUGCGCUCGAGAAUGAUCCAAACUUCCACACUUUCCUCUCCUUCACUGGUAUACGUAUCACUCUCCUCAUACCGCCUGCCCAGGGAGGAUUUUACGGUAUUUCCAACAUUGACAUUAGUGGAAAGUGUAGCUGUAACCUACAUGCAUCAUCGUGUUCACUGGUCAAUGGCUUCACUGUUUGUAACUGUUCGCAUAACACUGAAGGCAAAGACUGUGAGCGGUGUCUGCCUAUGUAUAACGAACGGCCCUGGAAAAGGGGAAGCUACCUCGGCGAGGCUAAUGAGUGUCAAAAAUGCGAGUGCAAUGAGCAUGCGCAGAGCUGUACCUACGAUCCGGUGUAUAUGCGGGGAGUGUGUGACAACUGUUUUCACCAUACCAAGGGGUUUCAUUGUCAGGAAUGUAUUGACGGAUACUACCAUAACACCUCCUUGCCACUAAAUGAUCUCAACACCUGCACCCUGUGCGACUGUGAACCGUUGGGUGUGACUCAAGGAUCGGUGGGAUGCAGCCAGACUCCAGAUGGAGACAAGCCCAUCGGACAGUGUCCCUGCAAACCACAGAUCACCGGACGUCGAUGCGAUGUGUGUGUGGACGGCUUUUAUGGACUGUUAGUCGGAGACCAGCCUGGAGAGUGCAAACCAUGUAACUGUAACACCCGGGGCACUGUGGGUGGGAGUACCACUUGUAACAAAGAGACAGGUCAGUGCCCAUGUAAACCCAGCACCGAUGGUCGCCUGUGUAGUGUGUGUAAGCCCGGAUAUCAUGGCUUUCCUCUCGAUGUGACACAGGAAUGCACUGCAUGUGGUUGCGAUUGGGGCGGAAGUAUGUCCGAAGUGUGUGAUGCGGUUUCGGGAGAAUGCAAUUGCCGUGACAAAGUGCAAGGAGUCAAAUGCUCUCAGCCAGAGCCUGGAACUUAUUUCCCUUUCUUAGACGUUAACGCUCUGGAUCCCGUUUCCGGUACCUGUACUUUGGACAGCGCCAUGCAGUCGACUCUGUCGCAUGACGGACAAAGUUUUGCCAGGUGUCAAUCGAGUCAGUCAGUGGUAUUCGCUGACGUGGCUGGCCAGAUAAGACAACCUCAGAUACAAUGGCCGUAUCGACUGGCUGUCCGAUACUCACACAACUCUCAACUACCCUGGCCCUCCGGAACUUUGACCGUCACCACCUCCAGGAUCUCCGGAAUUACGGACACGUCGGAGUAUCUUAGCAAACAGACGGAGCCUAUCAACACAUCGCUGUGUACAGGGAUUGGCCAAACCAAAACAUGGACGGUUGAUUUUCAGCCAGGUUCUGGUGUGGCCUGGCUCAGUUCCGUGGGUGAUGAAGUCAUUCUGGACGUGAGAUGUCAAUAUCGAUUCACCCUGGUGGUAGGACAGAAGGACCUUAAUGAAGUGAACGACGAUAUCGUCAUAGAUUCUAUCGUCCCAUUGCCGUCUUUAUCGCAGUAUCCCUCCUACCGGUCUGCAGAUAACGAGACAAAGCUUCAGUACGACGAAUGCGUGACAAACGUUGCUGCGCUCAGCACCAGGAGUCAGCACGUGCAGUCCCCAACGUGCCGUGCUCUCAGCUUUUCUGUGGGGACACAGAUCAACCUUGGAGCAAGUGACUGUGGCUGUGACCAGGUGGGCACCCAGUUAGGCACCCAGUGUAAUGGGUUUGGAGGAGAGUGUGCCUGUAAACCAGGUGUGGCGGGAAGGACCUGCAACACCUGUGACCUUGGGUAUUACAACUUCACCGAUUCGGGUUGUACAGCAUGCAACUGUGACCAGACGGGAUCACAGAACGGCGUCUGUGACAUCAGAACGGGACAGUGUCCUUGUCAUACCAAUGUAGCUCGGUACGGGGAGAUAACCCGAGACGACGUUGUGGCCGGUACGCUCUGUAACGUCUGCAAGGUGAACCACUACGGCUUUGCUGAGGGCAGUGGCUGUCUGCCGUGCAACUGUAGUUCUCUGGGGUCGCAGAAACAGCAAUGUGACGAGGAAGGACAAUGUACGUGUAAAGACACCAUAACGGGUCUGCAAUGUGAUGUGUGCGAGCCAGGCUACUAUAACUUCACUGUCACGGGAUGUCUGGCAUGUGAUUGCACCUCUGACGGAGUAGUCUCCUCGGACUGUAAUAAGGACACAGGGGUAUGCACGUGCAGGACUAACGUAAUGGGGGAUAGAUGUGAUCAGUGUAAACCUGGAUAUUUCAAUCUCUUACACUCGGACCCUAAUGGGUGUCAAAAAUGCUUCUGCUACGAACACGGAACACCCUGUACGUCCGCUGGUGGCUUUGUGGAGGCCUUCGUCUUCACGGAAAGCACGCAAUUUUGGGAAGUGGCUUCUUCGUUCGACUCCAACUACAUCAUGGCCCCUACCGAAUUCCUGGCCUACCAGGCACGUUCUUACAACCAACCCCUCUCGUUCGAAAUGAUGACAGGGUCGGGUAGCGUACAAUUGUCAGGACGCCGCCCCAUAAUCCUAGAAAGCCAAGGAGUACAGAUACAUUCCCAACAGGACGAGGAGAUCACCAGCUUAGAAGUUACAACCAUUACUAUUUCGCUCCAUGAGGACUACUGGUAUUAUAGCAACGAUACGCAAGUAACUUCUUCACACAUGCAACGUACUUUGGCUGAUCUUCAAGCGAUUUACGUUCGGAAGUUGUACGAUCCCGUCAUCGUGACCGUAAGGAACUUCCAGAUGAAAUCAGCUGCCGAGGCUAUCGAGGGGGAUGGUCGCCCGCCGGUUGGUUACGUCGAGCAGUGCAGCUGUGAGCCUGCUCAAGGGGUAACAGGUCUGUCGUGUGAGACUUGUUCUGAGGGCAACAGACGACCCACCAACACGUCAUCGCGUUUUGAGAGUUGCGUCCCUUGCGACUGUAAUGACAAACAAGACGGCGCUGCUAUUUUGUGUAACGAGACGACUGGGGAGUGUCUCAACUGUCGGAAUGGAACUGAGGGCUUAAACUGUGAGAAGUGUGCCCCAAACGUCGUUGACAGCUCUGAAUGUGACGUUUGCAUGGAUAACUACUGGGGUUUAUUUAAAGAGGGGUGCAUAGCCUGUAACUGCAAUGAUAUUGGCACCAUCGCUGCUACCAUUUGUGAGAAAAGUACGGGAAAGUGCUCUUGCAAAGACCACGUGACCGGAAGACAAUGUGACGUCUGCCAGGAUAAUUACUUUAAUCUAACAAGUGCAGGGUGCACCGUUUGUGACGAUUGUUACGUCCUUGUUGAGACGGAGGUAAACGAGCUCAGGCAGAUGAGAGAUAACCUGACCAGUCAUGUUCAAGUGCUGAAAGACAACGACAAGAAUGCGGAAUUGGGGCGGUUUACUGAAAGACUCAAUAAGGCUGUAACAGAUCUGAACGAUCUGCAGCAGUUUGUGGACGAUGCAAAGAACAUGGAAGUGACAACAGCUGACACGCUGUCUGAUUUGAAUGCGACGCUCAUCAUCUUGUUGGCUGACCUUGAAGGCAAUACCGCCAUCGUCGCCACCAUAGCGUCAGAGCUGCGUCAAGCGCGUGUAAAUGUCGACGUAUCUAAAGGCGCUGUCAAUGCAAUAAAAGGAACCGUAAAUACAGCUUUGAUGCAACUUGAAGCCUUGCGUUUGGAGUCUAGGAAAAUAACGGACCUGGUGAACACCCUGGUGUCCAUGAACCAGGAGUUCAGCACCAUGGCUGGAGCUACAGCCAAUGAGCUGCAAAGACUGGAUGGGGAAGUAUCUGCGAUAGAAAAUGUGGUGACAGACGCGAAUAACGUGUCCAGUGCAUCUUUGGAGAUGGCAACGCAGACCUCAAACGCUCUUGGCGCCGUCACGAGCAGGGUAGGGGCACUGCAAGCAUCAGUCAACCAGCUCAAUAGCUUGGUAACGAUGAUCAACAGUAGUGCUGCCGGAUCUUUAACCAGAGUGAAGGACCAAACUGACAGUUUCACUGCCAUCAACGAACAAGUGGCAAAUCUGGCCGUCCCCAGUGAAAGUGUGGCCAAGAAUCUACAGUCCCAAGCAAGCCAAAUCCGGCAAUCAGCCCAGUCCUUACGAGAACAGGCUUUAGAAAACGCUCAGAGCACGACAUUAACCAGUCAGGUCAGCAGAGCCGUCACACAGUCAGCUGACUUAUUAGGAAACAUCCGGGUCGUGCUAAGUACAUCAGAAAUUUUGUUAGAACAAGUUCGGUCAGCCGCUGUGCGCGCGGAGGAAGCGGCGACCAUGGCUUCAAAUGCGUUUACUGCAGCAGAAGAUAUGCGGAGCACAUUGUUAAGUUUUAGCGCUAUCAUUGCUGAUUUAAAGCAGCAAGCUCAGAAUUCCCUGAAUACCGUAAUGGAAAUCCGCAACCUCAGUGAGGCCGCCAUACAAACCGCCCAAGCCUUAAGGGAGCAGCUUCGCGUCGCCUUUAACAACGCACAAUUGGCCCAUCAGCAAAUGAUGACUGCAGAGGCGUUACAAAGGUCAAAACGGGAUGCGUUAUCUCCCGUGAAUGAUCUGGCCAAUCAACUACAAACGGAUUCCAGUGGGGUUUUGAAUGAUCUAGAGACUCAGGCCGGACGCAUCAUAGCCGCUAACAGCACCUACGUACAGGUUGGAGAUAGCACGUGCAAAUCUGAGCAACCAUUGCUAAGCGAAGCCCGAAACAGUUCCGAGGCUGCCAAGCUCAAAGCCCAGGAAGCGUUUACUAAAGUUUCCAUCACAAAGGACAGAGCCGAAAGCCUGCUACAGUCGUUGCAGAAUUUACAGGAGAUCGACGUUGCCCGAAUCCAGCAACUGAAGGACGAGAUUCAAGCUAAUCGGGAAUACUUUGAUCAGAGGCAGCUGGCGGCAGUCGUGACAGAACUGCGAAAUAAAGUUCAAGCGCAGAAAGACUGGAUUGACAGUGCUGUUGUCCGCAAAGAACAGUUGCAACUGGAUAUUCAGAAUCUACGUGCCACUCAGUCACAACUAGUGCAUAACUGAUCGAAAUUCUAGAUGUGUUCACGUGAUCUUAAACCACGUACACGCUGCAUCGGCAGAAGAUGUGGUCAGUUCGCGCAAGAUCUCACCAAGUCACGCGAGACCAGGUUUUGAACGCCAGUAGUGCGUAUUAAUCUAUCAGCUCCUUGUAUAAAUGAGUUAAAUUACAAUAUGUCUUGGCUUACCGAUUUCAUUUAAUGUAUAAAGUUUCAUCCUUUUGUCUUCAAUAUCAGGUUCAGUAACUUUAUUUAGCUUUAUAUCAGCGACUCGUCUUUUGUGCAAAUCUUUUUAUCUUUGAUUUACAUUUUAUUUUGGUAUAUUUCGACCCAUAUGGAACAUUAGGUUUACUGUGGGAUAUUUGCGACAGUCUAAUUGUUUUGCCAAAGUCAUUUCACCAUUUUUUCUAACGAGAAGUAGAAUCAACGCUGUUUAAAUGUUCUCUCUUGUAAAAUAAACAAUGCUAGGCUGAAUUUGAAUACUGAUACAGUAGUGUAAUCAUUGAAGAUGCAGCUUGUUAGCACGCAUGUGUGUUCCGCAGAAACCUUCAACCUGAGGCCUAAUUUCGUCGCCUUCAGCCAAUCAAUAGCAAUUCUGAGGAGUGCCUUACAAGGUGAUUGGCUGAUUGGAUAAGAAAGUUAAGGUUUGAAUGACUGAAUUCAAAGCCGUACAUUCAUAUUUUACCUUAUAAACAACUUUAGCUCAGCUUUGAAGCUUAUGACACGCUCAAUAACAACCAUUUUCAUCUAAUCCCAAAAUGUCUCCAAGAAAAGAGCGUGCGUUUCCAUUUUUUGAUCGUAUGUAUUGUAAGAAUAAAGCUAUAGGAAUUUUUAUUGAUGAUGAAUGAUAUGAAAAUAUUUUUUGUAUUUAGACCUUUUAUACAUAAAUUGAUCGUGCUCUUCCAUCUCAAACAUGUGACUUGUCUCGUAUAUAAAAUUGAUGCAUUUUAGUUCCAUUAUGCUCCCUUCUGCUACUUUUUUCUGUGCUAAAAGGCGUUGCUUCAUGUUCAGCGACGAGUGUUUAUAGGAACUCAGUUCAGUUCACAUUUAUAUCUUUCAUGUAUUCAGUAAAGAAGUUUAGCUAUUAAUUAGAUUUUACCUUCCAAGUUAAAAGCAUCAAGCAAGCUGUAGAGCAGCUUCGAAGUAGAUAUGCCUGAAAAAGUACAUAAAUUUGAGUGUUAUAACCACUUUGUGUACACUUUCUCUAUUUUGUUAAUAAAACAGUGGUUUAAG